ACAAUAACAAUAAGAAGUAUAUUAUGAUCAAACAAACUGAGAAUUACUGUAAAAAAUCAAAAUCAAUAUGCUUUUUUGCUUUCGUUUGAAUUUCCCUCUCACAAUUGUCAAUCAAAAGUAACCAGCAGACCAGCACUGUUUUCGUUUCUAUUCUUUUGUUUAAUUCACUCUAUUUUACUAGACAUUGAUAGCUCUAAAUUUCAAAGGUUUAUUGAUUUGAUUCUUGAAGUGCGAUAUUCUAUCGUAAGUCACGUCUGUCUGAGUUGGUGUAAACGAGUGAAUUAAACAUAGCAUCUAACUGUGAGUUAGUUCAUUUUGUGUGUUUUGAUACCAAUUGACUCGAGGUAUCUACCGGUUAAGCUGGUUUCAAUACAAUGGAUAUUCAAAUUGUUGAUGGUUCAUCGCAAGACUCAAAUAAUGUUAUAACUUUGGAGGACGGAGAUGAUUGUGAAUCCACCAAAAUGGAGGAACCAGAUGAGUUUACUUUAAUAACAUGGAAUAUUGAUGGAUUAUCUGAUAAGAAUCUCAGCAUAAGGACCAAAGGAGCCUGUGACAUUGUCAAUAAAAUUAAAACUGAUGUGGUUUUCUUUCAAGAAGUUGUCCCUGAGAGUGAAUCUAUAAUUUCAAGAAUGCUGACCGAUUACAAAUUGAUAUAUGGAAGAACCGGUGAUCAGUAUAUUGGAGAAUAUUAUACUGUUACUUGUCUUCGCGAGAAGACUGUCAAACACCUUGAUCACAAAAUAAUUGAUUUUGAAUACACAGAUAUGGGCAGGAAUAUCAUUGAUGUCAAUGCGAUAAUCAGCGGGACUAAAUUACGAUUCCUGAAUACUCACCUAGAAAGCACGCGAGAAGGAGCCAUCAAUCGUCAGAGACAAUUACAAAAAUGUUUCCAACUCGUAAAUUCAUCUCCUCAAGAUGUUUCGGUUUUAUUUGGAGGGGACUUAAACUUACGCGAUACUGAGGUCACUAGCUUAGGAGGUCCUAACUCAAAAAUUAAAGAUGUAUGGCAGUUAACUGGAUCACGUAAAGAAUGUCAAUUUACUUGGGAUAUGACACGAAAUGAUAACUUGAAACUCGAAGCCAUGGGAAGAAACGGUUUCAAACCUCGUUUUCGUUUUGAUCGACUAUACUUCAGGGAUUCCAUUCCGAGCGAAAUAGCUCCUGAAUACUUUGGUCUGAUUGGUAUUGAACGCUUGAAGCCUCAUGUUUGUUUUCCAAGCGAUCAUUGGGGAAUUUUAGCAGCUUUCAAGUUUCUUAAGUAAACUCAGAUAUCUCAGAUAGACUGGAUCUCAAACUAAACUUUGAUGAAUAUUAAAAUUUAUAUAUUUUCUGUGUUUCUCCAAACAACUUUUAUAGAUUAUUCAAUUUGUAUCAUUUUCAUAUAUAAUUUCCAUAUCGAAAACUUAUGAAAUUAAAAUUGUUUUAAAUACAU